AUGAGGAGGUUUGGGAUGAACAAGCCGAGCGCCGGCGAGCUCGCGUCCCUCUGCGCAUCAUACGACAGGUUUGAGCGCCAGAUCCCCCGCGGCGGCGAUCACAGGCGGCUGGAUUUCUCGCGCUCCCGGCCGCUGCCGCCGCCGCCGCCGCAUUGCUACGCAUCGCAGCCGUCGCAGAGCCAGCAGGAAUCCUUCUCUUCCCAGGGCUUCUCGCAAUCCAGGCGAGAAUCGCAGGUCACGGCCACGGAUUUGGUCCCUUUGCCAGUCUCAAUUCGAUCGGACGAAGCGAUCGAGCAGCGGUUGGCUGCUCUGGAAAAUCUCGUGGCCGGGGUUGCGGAGAGCAUCAGUUCCAUGCGGAACUCUCUGGACGACCAGAAUCGCAAGGUUUCAUUCAUGUUGAAGGAGGAGGAAGGCACCAUCAAACGAGUGCUCGAUCAGAUCCAAGCUGUGCCCGCAAAGCUGUCCGGGGAUCUUAAAACGGCACUCCGAGAGGAACUCAAGCAAGCGCUCUUGGAGUCGGACGAAGAAACUGUUAGCCAAUGCAAGGAUCCGAGAGAUAAGAGCGCAUGCAGUGUGGAGAUCAGCAGGAGGAAAGCAGCAAGAGAGGAGGAGCAACGAUCCGAAGAUUCUACAACCUUGGAUCUCUAUUCUCCAAGCGCAAAGGAGCUCAAGAAAAUGCGAGACAAGGUCCUGAGAGCUCGGAGGAGCAUUAAGAAACGAGCCUGACGAGAUCCACUUGGUCUUCCGCGGUAUGUAGAAUCUAGACUUCCUGUUUAGUUAAAAACAUUUGGAGAUAAUCAUCCUUCGGAACUUCCACACUUA